AUGAACUGGAUAGAUGCCAUGCAAGCAAAUAGGAGCAAGCAGGCUACCAUGUGCUUCUCCAUCAGCAUGGCGGCCUUGCUCUACCGCUCGCACAAGGACUACAGCGCUCCAUGCGAUGACGUCAGUGCCGUCAACUACAUGCAGAUCUGCGAGCAGCCGCCGUGGCCUGCUGUAGUUGGCAGCACGGGACAGGCUUCGUUGGCGUACAUGGGGUCACAGGGCGAGCAGAUUGAGAGUCACGAGACGGCUGACCUGCUCGCCGUCAAGGUUGGCGGGCGUUCUUUGUCCGAAGAGAGGGACGAAGAAAAGGCCGAACCCGCCAGGCGAUGCAUGCCACAUGGAAAAGAGCACGAGCGCCCGCUGGUGUGCGUGCUGUCUGAACGGACGGAGAACGCGCGGACAGUCACGACCAGCUACUGCACCCAUGUGGUCUUCUCACUGCGGCAGUUUGGAAACGCUGAUCUUAGUGUUCUUCCAAACGGUUACCUGGCCCAGCUACAGGAGAGCGGCGUUAGAGUACUGGUGGCAGUGCAUGAGAGACUGCUGCAACUUUCCUCGCUACGCGAAAGCGCCGAAGAUACCGCGCGCCAGCUGCGAGAACGCAAACUGGACGGUCUGGCGCUACUCUACGUUAGUCGUUCCACUCGGCAGCUGCCUUCGCUGGAGCGAAAGAUGAAGGAACUGCACGAUGUGUACCAGAACAAUGGCUUGUGUGUACUGCUCAGCCUUCAGAUUGUCGACUACGAUAAGCCAACAGCUUAUACAGGUGCCCUGCUGAACAGUCUGAACAAGUAUGUCGAUUUCCUUGUGGUGAACACACACUAUAGUGGAGACUAUGGCCCUUGCCGUGCCACACCUGCAUCAACCUUUAACCAACCAUUGUCCACAUGUAUACCACAGGUGCCUGUGAACCGUGCACUAGAGUGGAUGCACAAUGUCACUGGAGGGUCUCCGUACAUCUGCUUCUCUGUGGACAUGCGGGCUUUUGCCUACCACAUGUAUGGACCCAUGGUUAUGGAUCAAGUGUGCUACAGUGAGGAACACCUGCAUUAUGAACAGGUUUGCAGCAAAGAUGAAUGGAUAUACAAGCAGGAUGACUACACUAUGACCAGUCUUGGCCAGCUGAGCAACAUUCUUCAUUCCUUUGAGACACCUUCAAGCCUCAUGAACAAGGUGGUUGCUGCUUCACUGAAUGUUCCGUCUAUUUGUGUGGCUGCUUUCAACUAUGACUAUGAAGAUUCCACAGGACGUUGCCAUGGGACUCCUUAUGCACGUAUGAAGGCGCUAAGGCAGUGGCUAGAUGAAAGUAAAACUGCAAAGAAAGGCAUGGCAAGAAUUCCAGAAGGUUUUGCCGAGUCUUCCGAGACAGAUGGCGACACAACAACAACAAGCAGCAGCCUUGAAGACUACCCUUCUGAGCGACCAUUGGUGUGCGUGAUCUCCAAGAAUGUUGAGCACGAAGCUGCUGUUCCCCAGGGAUACUGCACACAUCUAGUCUUCUCUGGUGCACUUUUUAACCAAGCUACACAGGCCAUUGUUGUUCCAAGAGGAACUUGGCGCUGGAGGCAGUUACGCCGUGACAUGGCACUCUUUCUUGGUUUCGAUGAUAACAGCCUCAUUAGACACUUGAUCAAGUAUGGCUCCAAAGCAGGCCUGGCCUUUGGCACACUGGCAGCCCAAGUGCUGAGAGAGCAGGGUUUCAAUGGACUUGCUUUGCUGAAUGUGAACAGAACCUCUCAGAGCAUUGCCAAAUUGUCAGACGCCCUCGCUGUGAUUCAUGAGUUAUUUGGUAAUGACCUGCAAGUUGUGGUUAGCCUGGAUAUUGUUGAUGUUGCUGCACCUCCAACUCUGAUGGCAGUCCGCCUUCGUGACAUCUUCAGGUUCAGCCAUUUGGUAGUAUUCCAGACCCACUACAGGCAAUCACUUGGGUAUUGUGAAGUGGCAUUGACAUCCACAUUUGAUAUACCAAACCAUUCUCCAACAGUUCCUGUGGACACUGCUCUGCGCUGGCUUGGACAAAUGGGUACUGGCAAGCAGGCAUGCUUCUCUGUGAACUUGGCCAUUAUUGAGUUCUCAGCCACAGGCGACUCGUACCUUUGCCAACAGAACAACAUUCUUAAUUAUGCCGAGGCUUGUGACACCAAAAACUGGGUUGAGGUGCGCCAACCUCGUGGUGCACUGUGCACUCUCCGGCAAAAGGGCCAGCUCUGGCAGGCGUACGAAACUGAAGAUCAACUCUCUGCUAAGGUUAGCAAAGCCUUCGAUCGCAACACAGGAGCAUGUAUUGCAUUGUUUAAUGUGGACUACGAAAACUACAACAGUGCAUGCUUCCAGAAGUUCGGCCGAAUGACUUCAGUUGUGCAGAAUUACUUGAGCUACCAGCACCAGAGACCACGGCCAUUGAAACGGAGCGGACUUGUGAAGCUACCAUUCAAUAGAACACAGUCAUUAAAGAACAGCCAUCCGGAAUUGAUAAAAACAGCCGCUGUACCUGGCCCAAGACUACCUCGGGGCAACCUCAUGUCUUUGCGUGUGCCCACCUCAAGUCGUCCACUGCUUUGUGUUCUUAGUGAAGAGUGGGCUAAUAUCGCUGAUGUUCCAGAACUUUACUGCUCCCAUUUUGUUAUUGAUGUGGCGCACCUGAAUUUCAAAACUGGCUUGACCAAAGACCCUAUAACAUUACUCAAAGAAAAAUUUGGCAAAAGACGUCAAUAUUUGGUGAAAGUGUCUAAAAUACCACUGCGGAAUGUGACACAAUAUGCUCAGGAGCUGUCGGCAUCCAUAUCAAAGCUGCAGUUGAACGGCAUUGCAGUGCUAAAUCAACACAUAGCCUCACCACUUUUGUCCUUAUUUAAUGAAAGACUCCAGCUUUUCAGACGUUCAUUGAGGAAUGACCUAACCUUGGUUUUGGGUCUUGAGAUACCAGACUUUGAUGAGAAGCCAAGGGAGGUUGCCAAUCGGCUGGUGCCACUUACUAGGACUGCUGACAUCAUCAUCCUGCAAACACACUUUAGGCGUCUCUGGAAGUUCUGCCGCACGGCUUAUCCUUCCAUUGUCCAGGAAAGUAAUAACACAUGCCAGCAGUCAGUGCCUAUGUUGAAUGCACUAAAGUGGGCGAAACUUGUGGAGACAAACAAACACGUGUGCCUUUCAGUCAACUUGGCCACCCUGCGGUUUCACUAUGUUGACAUCCCUGGCUCUGAUCUUCCGUGCACCAAGUCUCGAGAAAUAGCUACUUACUGCGAAUCUGGCACAUGGAAUGAAUCCACUGAUGCACAGUUCUCUAUGAGUGCGCAUCGAUACAAUGAUGGACAGUGGGAUGCCUUUGAAGAGGAGCUAUUGAUCAAAGCCAAGGUGGAAAAAAUAGAGGCUGCCCGUCCCAAGAGCUGCUGGGCUGUCUUCAACAUUGAUUAUGAUCGAGACACGGCAGCGUGCAGUGUGCACAAGGAGCGUUUUGCACGUCUCAAGUCGCUAGGCAAAGCAGCUGGCUACAACCCUGAUUGGAAGGACAGUAAUCAGACAGAUAAAGACAGCUCAGCAAGAGGUAGGAUCAGCACAGCACCUUAUAACAGAACACAGGCAGGAGGAUCCCUUCUCUGUGUGUUCAGUGGUGCCAUCUCUGAGGGCUUGCUGCCACCAGAAGGCCUAUGCACAGCUGCUAUCUACACCAGUGUCUCAUAUGAUGAAGUCAAGAAGGCCUUGGUUGUCAAAGAUGGAGACUCUCUGCAGCAUUUCUCGACACUAGCUCGGCAUCUGCGACUGGUUGGUGCUGGAGUGGCACCAGGUGCUCUCAUGGCCAACAUGGCACGAGAUUUUGCGCUUGAGAGCACAGCCUGGCUUCGUGUGAAGGGCUUCAACACACUGGCUGUUCUGACGGACCACUGGCCUCGCCCAGACAUGCUUAAUAUCUUCAGGGAACUACGUAAGGUUAUCAAAAUGACGGAAGAAUUUGGCAAGGUCUCCAUCAUCCUUGGAAUACCGCCACAGCAAAAAAUAAAUGAUUUACUAUUCCUGCAGAAGGAGCCUGUGGACAUGGUGAUAUUCAUGGGCCAUUACCAGCCAGGUAGUGAGCCAUGCCGUGUUAUGCAUCCUUCCAGUUUGUCGAAAACAACGAGCACAUUAUCCAGUCUGGUUGAAACCACACAGGUCAUAAAGACCCUUUCCAGCAAGUUGAAUAUCACAACAGCAGUUUGCGUCUCUGUGAACUUGGCUGUGUUGACAUUUACUCUUGGAAGCACAACGAAGUUUAAGCUGGGCACUCAAUGCUUGCAGGAGACUGUGAGCAGUUAUGCUGAGGUCUGCCCAUCACAGAGUGAUCCAGAUAUAUUCUACGACAGUGCUCUAUCCUGUUACAAGCAAAACUCAACACACGUGCAGACAUUUGAAAAUGAAGGCACAUUGGAAAUGAAGGUUGAGUUCCUCAAGAAGCAUAUACCCACUCCUUGUGUGGCAGCCUUCCACACCGAAUACGAGGACACUGAAGUAGUUUGCCCAAACAGAGUGGCCUUUUCACGUAUUGCAGCCCUUAGGGAGAGUUUAGAUGCACCACUGGGCCAUGAAAGCUCCAACAGGACUCGAUCUGCAAACACAAGCAUGCCUGCAAUUCCGGGCCCAUCAGAAACUCUGCUCUGCGUGUUCUCCGAACGUACUGUGGAGCCGAUUUCCCUGCCAUACGGGCUGUGCACGCACAUCAUCUACACAGGCCUAAAUUACAUACCUGAAAGCAAGCAAAUUGUUCCUCUCAAUGAGAAUGCCUUCAAGAGUUUCCUUGAACUAAGGAAACAUGCACGACUGCUGGCGGCAGUUCCAUUCGACACAGUAUCAGACCUGACAAAUACUCCAGAUGUAGAGUCUUUCUCCAAUGUCAUCUCUUCCUGGUUGAUGAAAAGUGAUCUCAUGGGACUCGCCUUGUUUUCAACUCUCAACACAAAUUUCGAGCAAGUACACACUGUCACCAAGGUGCUUCGCUGGCAGUUCAUGAACUUGAAGUUAAAGCAUCUGCAACUGAUCUUUGGUGCCCCCAUUCAUGUCAUCACCCCAACACUCAUCCGUAUUGCCGAUAUUGUGAACUAUCUCGUGUUCAUUCAUCAUGAUCCAGUACACCAGUCUUGUCGCCUGGAGACAAUGCUGACAAAGCAACUUGGAAAACGUGAACUGGUGGAGACAAUAAAUCUGGCAAAGAAAAUGACACUGGAGGUGCCAUCAGCCACAUUAUGCUUGUCACUCAGCCUGGCAGUAGUGAAUACACCAAUGACACCAGGAGGCCAGCAGGAACUAGUUCCAUGUGGCAACAAGACACUCUCUACUUACGACAAGGUGUGCUCCAUGAACCAAACAGCUGCAAUUGUAGGGAAAGAUUUUGCUGGCAUGUAUCAACAAAGUGACGAUGCAACGUUGUACUUCGAAAAUGAAGAGUCUCUUCUUGAAAAGGUCUAUGCUGCUAAGAAUCUUUACCCACUGAAAUGUAUCGCAACUUUCUACACCGACUAUGAAGAUAUGAAGGGACAUUGUAAAACGAAGACACCAUUUUCUCGGCUUAAGCAAAUUUCAAGGGCACUGGGUUACCAUGCGACAAGGGAAGAAGCAGUUCCUGCGGUGGAAGCUAGAAAUGGAACAUCGAAUGCCUCUCGGUCCCUUGUUUGUGUGAUCACUGACAACUACCCAGACUUUGACAAAUUUCCAGUGGAGUACUGUGAUUACCUGUUAUAUUUUGACCCCAAUGUGAGGAUCAGGAAGAAUUCUUUCCGUGACUUCAUGGGCGGCACAUUUGAAACAUUUUUGCACUAUAAGUCACGACCCAACCUGCAGGCAGUUAUUGGAUUUCUGGUAACCAACGAUACCUGGAAACUUUUGCUCUCAGACAGCAUAAGCUAUGCUGCGAACUUGGGUGCCUGGCUGCAAGAGAAGGGAUUGGGCAGUUUGGCAUUUCUGAUGCCAGAUGUAACAGAUGCCAUCACAGAACAUCUGCUUGUCUUUGCAAAUCUGUUCAAGAAGAAUUAUCCUGAUCUGAAGCUUGUGCUUGCUUCUCCUGUGACUGAAAAACCUACUGCUUUGCUUCCAUUUGUUGAGGUUGUGGACAUGCUGAUAUUCAUGACGCACCGCAAGUCACCAGAAUCUCCAUGCAGAAUAACAUUGCCAUCCACACGAUCAAUCCUUCAGGAUGAGAAUAAUGACUUGGCGGCAUCGGCUCUUUUUAUGCAAGCCUUUGGGGACAAGAAACAUCAGCCAAUGAUGUGUUUCUCACUUAACUUUGCAACGCUGAAGUUUGUUGUGAAAGACAACAGAACUGAAUUCGGUGCUCUAUGUGAAAAAGAAACCUGGGUCAACUACUAUGAGACAUGUCCUCGCUCUGGAAUCUUUGAAGGCUUCUUCACUGGAUUCAAGACCAUGGUACAGUUUUCAGACAAGACAGUUUGGACAUAUGAGGACGAACACACGGUGUCCUGGAAACUGCUGUCCUAUCUGCAGUCCAACCCAAUGACGUGUGUAGCCGCUUUCAACCUUGACUAUGAAGACCGAAGAGGCGUUUGUCGGCAGCCUUACUCCAGGCUUGCCAGGCUCAGCAAUGCUCUUGGUAGGGUUGAUCUGUGAAUGAGCUUAGUAUGGAAAAUAUAAAAAAAGCUAUCACUCUGA